AGUUUUACUUUAAAUAUACAUACAUAACCGACUACAGUAAGCAAUGAUUCGUGGAUCUGCUGUUCGUUCAUCAUUAAAAGUGAUGACUACCCGUCGUUUACUUUCCAGUGCUGUCUCCAAGUUUACCACCUUAUCUAACGGAGUUACUGUUGCAACUGAAGCUAACCCAGCUGCCUCCAGUUCUACUGUUGGUGUUUACUUUGGUGCUGGUUCUAGAUCAGAACACCCAUACAACAACGGUGUUUCCGCAUUGGCCACCAACCUUUUAGCUGGUCAAUUACAAGACGGAAUCUUGUUGGGUUCUUCCAACUCUAAGGAAGUCAACGGUAUUGUUGCCCAAACCACCAAUGAUAACGUUAAUGCUGCUGGUAAGUUAGUUGCCAGUAUCAUUUCCAAUGCUUCUGAAGUUGCUGCCAAGGCUGACUUCCAAAGUGUUAAGAAUGCUUUAAUUGCUGAAGCUGCUGCCGUUGAAUCUACUCCACAAGCCAAGAUCUUAUCUCACUUGGAUGCUUCUGCCUUCCAAGGUUACUCUUUAGGUUUACCAACUUUAGGUACCACUGAAUCUAUUUCUGGAUUGGAAUUAGACGAUGUUACCCGUCAUUUACAAAGACAAAUCAAUGGUUCCAACACUGUUAUUGCCGCUUCUGGUAAGGUUGACCAUGAUGCCCUUGUUGAUGCCAUUGAAAGCUCAUUAAAGGUUGAAGCUGGAUUAAAGCCACAAGUUAAGCCAGCCACCUUCUUGGGUUCUGAAGUUAGAAUGAGAGAUGACACCUUACCAAAGGCUUAUGUUUCCAUUGCUGUUAACGGUGAAGGAUUAAACUCUCCAGGUUACUACCUUGCCAAGGUUGCUGCUGCAGUAUUUGGAUCUUUUGACAAGAACACUACCCUUGCCCACUACACUUCUCCAAAGUUGGCCACCAUUGUUCAAGAAUACGAUAUUGUUGACAAGUACACCCACUUCUCCACCUCAUAUUCUGAUGCUGGUCUUUGGGGUUUCUCUUCUGAAAUCUCCAAUAUUACCAGGGUUGAUGAAUUUGUCCACUUUGCCUUGAAGGAAUGGAACAGAUUAUCUAUUUCUAUCUCCGAUGCCGAAGUUGCUCGUGCCAAGGCUCAAGUUAAGGUUGCUUUAGCUGGGGAAUUAAACAGCACUACUGCUGUUGCUAACGACCUUGGUUCCAAGUUAUUAUUAGUUGGACACAGAAACUCCCUUGCUGAUGCUUUCCAAAAGAUUGAUGCCAUCACCACCAAGGACAUCAAGGCCUGGGGUCAAGCCAAGGUUUGGGACAAUGAUAUUGUUGUUUCUGGUACUGGUCAAAUCGAAGCCUUAAUGGAUUACGGUAGAAACAGAAAUGAAAUGGCUAUGAUGAGAUGGUAAUCUUGUAAAUAGAUGAUAUUUACGAAAUUGCAUUUUAAGAGAAUACUGUUCAAUUCACCAGACCUUUCCACCCAAAAUAUGCACAUAUCCAACCAACUACACCUAUACAGUUAAGAGUGAACUUUGUUCUUUAUAAAACAGGAAUUUUCUUUUCUUUUAUACAUAUACUGAAAAAAUAUAUAUAUUAAUU